AUGUCCUAUGUCGUUGAUCGGCUCGACUUGCGCGGCUGGAGCACAUUUGCUAACUUUGCUCAUGCUCCUACUGCCACCCCGGGUACUGCAGGAGCGGAAGCCGCCGUCAAGAUUGUCCUUGAUGCCAUCCUAGGCGACUCACUUGCUGCUCACGAGGCAGCUCUUCGCCGGUUGCACUGGGAAGCCUGGACACUUACCGCUGCAGACCUUAAGCGAAAAGUGGACGGGACUGACGAAGCUGGGCCGAGGAAACUGCCCGUCGCCGAGAUUGGCGCACGCCUGCAGGUCCUUGCUCCAAAGAUUUCUCCCCUCAAGCUUCAAGGAAUCUUGGAGCCCAGUCAUGCCAGCAUUAACUUGUUUGCAGCCAUGCUUGAUGAGGGACGACUUCGCUAUGUGGAGUGGGCCAAGCUCACCACAAGGGACCAAGAGGUGCUGGGUGCCACCGAAGAUCAGCUUCUAAAAGCUUGGAGGCCGGACAAGGCAGGCAUCGUUAGGGAGCACAAAGAUACGCCACGUCUUGAAGCAAAUGUUGCUACGGACCUGUUGGUGCAUCAUGCUUUGCGACGGAGGGGUGUGUGCUUCUCUGUGGCCGAACUCAUGAGCUUCGAGGUGCAUGAGUCUCUGAUUCAGUUCUUGUUCGAUGCGUAUUACAAGGAGCCCACCGAAGGCUAUCAGCGGGUCACUCUCGCGCAGCUUGCGCUCUGUGACCGGGAGGUGCACCUCCGCCUGAGUGAUCAGUGUCGUUCCGGGUUCACGCUGGGUUCCGAUGGAUUUUGCCAUUGGAUAGACAUUUGCCGAUCGUUCUGCAAAUGCGUUGCGUUGAACAAUUGCUCCUGCCUCGAGCCCGAGGCGCUGCCAGCACUACUCCCCGGGACGACCGACGUGAGGCCGAAAAAGCGCACACCUUACAUGCCUGCCGCACUGAAGGGUGGGGUCCCCGUCGAUGCCGAAGGGGCCGCAUUGUGCUGGAACUACAAUCUUGGCAAGUGUCCCGUAGGUGAGGCUCCGAGUGUGGCCGGCUUUGGUGUCGAUGCUGCAUUCGAGGGUGGCAACAUCUUCGUCGUCCAGCCCGAAGGUCCUGAGGUGGCUUUCGAUGCAGGUCGGCGGGUAGUGUUGGUGGCCUUCUGCAUAGACCCUGUGCAGCAGCUGAAAGAUGACCAACGUCAUGUUUGGAAGGUGCCCUGCUUGAAGUGGGACGUGCAACAGUCUCCUGACGUCGAGUUUUGUUUGCAACGACUCCGGGAGGGUGCUGUAUCCUUCCUUUUCGUGGUACCCCCUGGUGGCUCGCAGUCCCUCUCCGCCCCCUUGAAUCAAGCGGUCUUGAAUUUUCUGGUGCUUUUACUCGCCACUCUUGCCGAAACGUGCACUUCUUUCUGCUUGUGCCUACCUCGUGCCUCGGUCUUCUGGAAACCUGUGCUUGCCCAGACAAUCGGCUUGAAGCAUUUCUUGACUGACGUCGACUUGUGUCAAUACGGGUGUGACCGUAGGCGUGCUACGCGACUCUUACACAAUGUGCCUGCUCUUUGCGAUUUGGCCAGGCGCUGCGAUGGGUCUCAUGUGCAUGCUCCUUGGGCUGCCAAGGCUCCCGACUCUCAUCAGCAGCGUCACCUGCCGACCCCUUUUUGCGACCAUGUCGUUCAAGCGUGUUUGCCGCUUUUGUCUUCGUCCAUGCUGCCCUCGCCGCUCCGUCCUGCCUCUGCGGCAUUGCAAGGGUCCACCAAGCUUCAUGCCGUGCCUGCUGUCGUGCCUGAGUACAAGCAGGUCGUGCGACUGCGAGUUUCUCCUGACGUUCCCCUCCCCGAUGAAGUGCCUGCAGACGGCUGCCCGUCCCUUCCUGGGGUUCCUGCUGGGGCUGUGCGCUUGACUGGCGGUCGCUUGAACCGCGACACGACACUGCUUCUUAAGGGGGUAG